GUUGUUUUACGUCCUUUCUUCCCACGAUUACAUUCUACCGUCAUCACGGACGCAUCGCCCGUUGGAAUUGGAGCUGUGUUGGAGCAGAAUGGUCAUCCGGUGCUGUGCAUCUCACGCAAACUCACGGCUGCCGAAUGUGGGUAUUCCCAAACUCAACAAGAAGCUCUAGCUGUCUACUGGGCUGUCACGCGUAUGCAAAAGUACAUUUAUAGUACUCAUUUCACUAUUGUGAGUGAGCAUGAAGCCUUGCAGUUCAUUUACAACCCUCAACGUUCCAUGGCUAAGUCAUCUGCAGCCAUGGUGCAACGAUGGAGUAUUGCGUUAUCCGCCUAUUUCUACGACAUCCAUCAUCGCAGUGCGCAGUCCAUUCCACAUGCAGACUAUCCAGCACACUAUGCCACCUCAGAGGAGGCUAUUACGGGUGAUUGA